AUGCCAGAAAACACUGCCAGCACCACUGCUUCUACGACGAUGACUUCCGCAAACGGGAACAAAAUCCUGAGAAAUCCACUAGGCAAGUCAAUAAAGUAUCUUAUCAGAAGAAAGACUACCAAAAAGAAGGCAGAGCAAAAUGAUAACAAGACCAUACUACCGGAUAAAACCAAAGAGAGUAAACCCAUAUCAAUUGAGGAGGUUUUUGACUCACCAGAAGAAAAAAAGAAAGCUUUGAGAAAGGAAGAGUUGAAGAGAUGUUCCACGCUUCGCCGAUCAUUUGAAAUUUGUAAAGACUCAUUGAAAAGCAACUCCAUUUUCUCAAUCAACCAUGGCGAUACCAAUAGCCAAAGUACUAAACCCGAAGAGCAUGGUUCUGGAAGUGAAGAGACCAAGAAUGUUGAAGUAAAGCUGGAAGACUUCUUGUCUGCACCAAAAAGAGCAAAGGACACAACGAAGGAUUCACUUCAAAUGAAGAGGAAGCCAACAAAGCGAGCAAGAUUCCUCUCAACUUUCCAUCUUAGGCCAAAGCUUUCAGAGGAAGAUGAUGAUACAAAAAGAACCCUAUCAGCUCCAGAAAAUUGUGAAAAGAAUGCAGCAAAGCAAGGAACCUCUAAGCUAUGCAAGACCAGUACCACUAGGACUGCAAAGCCCCCGUCAUUUGAUAAUUUGAAAGAGCUCUCUCGUGCUCUCAAGAAGAUAGGAGCUCAAACGGACAACGAUAUCCUUUACGAAAAUGGAGAAGCUGUUCUCUACCAUUUGGACAAUCUGCUUGAGGAGGAGGUCGUACAUCUAAUUGACUCAUCCAAGACUUGCCCCGAUCUGAAUGCAAAGGUCGAAGAGAUCCUCGAUCAAUUCAGUAUCUUGUUUGGAUACCUAUCCACUGAGGUGAACGCACCCUUAAGACGGAGAAUUGCUGAGAUAGGAAAUGAGAUGCGUCGGUUUGCGGACCUCUUGGAGAAGACCUCCGCAAAAGUGAAUAAGAGUCAUCUGCGAGAAUCCAAAAAAGAAGCAUGCGAUAAGGCAUUAUCUGCUUUUAAGAAAAUCUCCAUUAUGUGGGCUGAUGAAGGCACAGAUAUCACAGAAGCCCUCGCUAAAUGUCAGAUUUUGUAUCAGCAGACGACAAGAGCUUACACUGCCUUCUACAACUGGCACUGCUCCUUGUACAUAAAACCUCAUGAAGCGGAGUUGUUCCACACUUAUUAUGGAAUUACACAUUACCGCAAGUCAUGCCAUCUUUUGUUAAAGAGGGACUUCUACACCUUGAUUCAAAACAGUCUUGAAGACCUUCGCAAAGGUCUCGACUAUUUGUUUAAUCAGGAGGGGUGA